CACUCGGUCGCACUCAGUGUAGUUUUCUUCGAAAGUCUGCGGCGACAGAGCCUCUUCUCUUUUACUGGACCGUUUGGACAGCAGACCACCACGUCGAAGAGUGCUCGAUAAGCGCCGAAAGAUCUUUGAUACAAAAUUAUUUGACAUUAUGUCGUGAAGCGCGCAUAUGGGAUUCAGAUGGCACGCAAUCUUUGCGUCUGAAUAUAAGUUUGCUUUUAGAUCCUCGUAGUCCAUGUCAAUUUCGUCUAAGUGCAGUUGGCAACUUGAUGCGACAGAGGAGCCUGGGCCAUCACGUAGGAGCAAAAAUUCGCCAGAAACGCGCUUGGAUUUUACCUGGGACACUCUGGUGCGGCCGCGGAAGCACCGCUGGAGAUUACGAGCAGUUAGGAAUGUUUGAGCGUGUAGACAGAUGUUGCCGAGAGCACGAUCACUGUAGCUACAUAAUUCGGCCCUUCACUGUGAACUUUGGCGUCUUAAACCCUUCUCUUUUCACCAUUUCACACUGCGACUGUGACAACAGGUUUAAGCAGUGUCUUCUCAAUGUCAAUGAUACAGUCUCAAAUAUGGUGGGCUAUACUUUCUUUAAUAUCCUCAAGCUCCGCUGCUUUAAUCUUAUCCAGAAGAGUCACUGCACUCAGCUCAACUGGUUUGGAAUGUGCACAUCGGUUCAGGUUGCGCCUUUUGCAAUCCUCAAAAAUCCCACACCAUAUAACCUUACAAAUGCAAAUCCAGGGACCAGUGGCAUCUCUGAUUCACCACGUGAAUAUCAAGUGCACACUUCAGCUAAAGGCAAGGAAAAAAACAUGAAACCUAAACGAAGAAAGCAAUCAAACAUGAAAAGGAGAAUUCAUCCAGUAGUGCUUGCAAAAGGGGAUACUCUUUUGUUGAGUGAAAAGAUGCAGCAGCGUUAUGCAAAAACCAAGAAACUGUCACCAAGGACUACCAUUCUUCCUUUAGUUUGGAAAAGCGCAACACCACCCAGCUCAAUCACAAUCAAAAACUCAUUUUUCCAUUCAAAGAAUCAAACCAUAAAUAAACUAAGGACAUUAUCAGUUCAUAAAUCUGAGCUUAUGCAAAUUACUCCAUCCCCAGGACCCACAAGAAUCAUUCAUACUCAUACUACAUUGUCUCAGGCAAAAGGAUUUAGUGCUGAAAUACUAAUGAUUACUUCGCUGACCAAAAGUUCCACAAAUAGAAGAAAGGCAACCACAUCUCAAAAUGCCACAAUACAGAUUAAGUUGGUCCAGACCUCUCGUAAACCUCCAAAGUCAAAGCAUAAUUGUGAUUACAUGAAACCUCCAAGGGACUUUAACUUCCAGUCACCACAAGAGAAGGGAAAGGAAUACAAAGUGGACAUAUUUCCAAGGACUGGCAGAUUAUUUGUGAAUAAGACACAACCCAGAAAGAAGGCCAUAUUUUCAAAUAGAACAAGUGCACCCCAAAAAAAUACAGUGUCAACCAAAUUCCAAAGCCAAACAAAUUCAGGUCCAACUUCAACCAUGACAACUACACAUCCAAAGCACAAAAUCAAAGGCAGCCAUUUAGAAAACAAGUCAGCUAACAUCACCAAAAGACCUAAGAUCAGGAACCCAACUCCAGCUAAAUAUAUGCCAACUACAAAACCUAGAAGCAUACUCUGGAAAGACAUUAUUUCAUCCCGUAAGACAACAUUAUUUGUCGGUGUGCCUCUAUUAAAGUCAUGGAAAAGUGCUUCAUCGACAAACCAGGAAACUAUAUCUUCAGCCAUGAAAAAUAUUUAUGUAACGAAAAAGUGUAAAUCUCCCAAAAAUUCUUCCAUAGUAAAUAAUGCUUCUAAAGGAACUAUGACCACAACACCAAGAAGAACUCCAAAGCAAAAAUCUACAUCUAUUCCACUAAAAAAGACAGUAUCUUCAACUGAGACAACUGAAACACUCAGUUAUUCUUGGAAGGAAACCAACUCUACUUCUAAAGAACCAACAGGAUCCCCACUUAUAUGUGAUGCAUUUAGAUACUUGGAUGAUUGCAAGUACAAGAUUGGACCAAUGGAAAAUAUAUAUGGUCAUCACAACAUGGAGUCCACUACAGUCUACCAUUGUGACUGCAUAUAUAGGUUUACCAACAAUUUAAAACAACUUAAGAAAUCCAGUAUCCUGCAGUUUCUUCUUGGCAAAUUUGUGUCUUUCUCCUGCAUCGAAAUAUCAAAUAUUAAAGAAUGCAACAAAACCACAGGCUGUUUUGCCAUCCUUUCCAAGACCACAGAGCUAGAUUCAUCACUGAAGAAAAUGGAAGAAGAUCAAGGUCUUACAACUAUCUGA